UGUUUCAGAAGGCAGGUUAAAAUGUGUACGAUCCAAUCCGUGUAGUCUGGGGGCGGCGGUAUGUUUUUCUCACUGCUUGAAAAAAAACGUGGGCGUGACAAAACAUUAACAUCUGGAAUACUAUAUAAUUGUUCACUGGAGCUUUUAAUACGGUAUUAUUAUUUAGCAUUCAGCGGUAGAAGUUGAAACCGAUGCACACUGCAGAAUCAAACCUUAUUGUAGGCUGAUAGCAGAUUGCUUUUAUGAUGAUGUACACCUGGGGAGAAGCUACCUGGACUGACUUAGGGUUAUCUCCUCAGACAGGUGAUGACAUUAAAUUGGAGGACAACAAUUUCCAUCUACCAGACUCGAAAAAAGUAAUUGAAAUUGCGUGUGGAAACGGCGUUAUUGCGUUUGUUAAGGAAAAUGGGAAUGGCGUGAUGUGGACAAAGAGUGAAGAAAGAGGAGAGCAACAUCAGAAAAGAAAAUUAAAGCCUCUGUUGCUGAGAAAAGAAAAGAUCAACAUUGUAGACUGUGGUGCAACUCGUAUUGUGCUGGUUUCUGAAACAGGAAAGAUUUUUGAGUGGAAUUGCCAAGAUCAAUCUAAAGUGGUACAUCCCAGGUUGCUGUCAAGUUUAAGUGACAGAAAAAUCAUUCAAAUUGCUUGUGGAAACCAUCAUUCAUUGGCUUUGUCCAGAGAAGGUGAAGUGUUUUCCUGGAAAACCAUUAAGACGAGUCAGUUUGGUGCAGAAGUUCCAUCCCCCCAGCCUCUGAAGUCUCUGUCGGGGAUCCCGCUGGCUCAGAUUGCUGCAGGUGGAGACCACAGCUUCGCUGUCUCUCUGUCGGGGGCUGUGUAUGCCUGGGGGAGGAACCAUGCAGGGCAGCUGGGACUUGGGAACACCACAGACAUAUUUUGUCCAACCCUCGUAAAGUCUUUACAACGCAAGAAGACUGUGUUUAUUUCUUGUGGAGAGGAACAUACAGCCAUUCUUACCAAGGAUGGGUUAGUGUACACUUUUGGAGCAGGAAGUUUCGGGCAACUCGGACACAACUCAACAAGGAAUGAAGUCCGACCUCGACUAGUUGCUGAGCUGUGGGGGGUGAAAGUUUCACAGAUAGCAUGUGGAAGGCACCACACGGUUGUUUACAUUUCCUCUACCAGAAAGGUCUACUCGUUUGGGUGUGGAGAGCAAGGGCAGCUGGGAACUGGACAGAACAGUAAUCAAGAGGUUCCACACCCUCUAACACUAUCAGCAGCAGAUGGAAACAACCUCGCCGUUGAUAAAAUUGUUGCUGGAGGAAACCAGACAUUUGUGUUAUACUCUCAAAUGGAGGAGCUUGAGCCUUCAGCAAAUAGUUUCCCCUUAAAAACUGGUAAAAGGAUUUCCAGUAUCAAUGAUAAUUUGCUGGACAAAUGGAUCUCAGAAUGUGAGUCAAAACAAUGGAAGAAUACAAAAAAAGAAAUUACAAGGGUUUUCUCAUCUCCUUCGUGUCUUAAUGGGAGUUUUCUGGAACAAAGCAACGAUAAACACUUUAAGACAACCGCUGAGACCUUGGGCAUGGACUUAUCCCUUGUGCGUCUUGCUUUUGAGAAGUUAGCAAGGAAUAUGAAAGUGUUAAUGCAGGUUGAAUCUGUGGUUCUGAACAAGCUGCUGCCUUCUCUAAGUGGGGCCCCAGCUGGUGUCGAAGCCUUGAGGAUUUACCUGAUUAUACCUGAACUCAUUAGAGUCCUCAAAACAGAGCAAAGUAUCAGCGAGGUAGCAUCUUCUCUAGCUGAAGCCAUUCUCAGACUACAGCCAAGCAGCAGAGAAAUACUUGAGUCCUUGUGGUCAAAGAUACCCAUUGCCUUCUUCAAGUUGGUUGUGAUGCUAUAUCAUCUUGUAUCCAGCCGAUACCUUCACAGGGCAAGAGCAGGUUCCCCUGUGAAGGAUAAACUUGAGAACUCUUUACGUGUCCUGCAAAUACUAUACAAGGUGAACUCCAAUGCUGGUAACAGGAUUCAGGAGAAUAAGUUCAACAUCUCUGAGAUUGGACUUUAUUUUCACUCAAUUGAACAAAUACAUCCUCUUAAUUUGAAAUUAAUUGAAAAACAAAAAUCAUUUAUGAUUCUCCUACAUUCAUUGACCGAUUACCCUUGUAUCUUCGAUUUCUGUGCCAAACGCUUUACACUCCGAAUGGAUUGUUAUAAAACAUUUUUUACCGCUGCCCAGACGCAUCAUUUUGGAGGAAAUAAUCUGCUUGUCAACCGAAGAAAUCUCUUACAUGAUACCUUGCAGUACUUAAGAAACAAUUCCUGCAACCCCUGCUGGCCAUUAAAGGUCAAAUUUGUGGAUGAAAACGGUAUUGAUCACGGAGGGAUAUCGCAAGAGUUCUUCUCUGUCAUCACCAGGGAGCUGCAUGCAUUUGAACCUAGAGUAUUUAAACUCUAUGAAGACUCCAGACUUGUGUGGUUUACUCAGAAGGAACACAGAAACAGUGAUAUGUUCUUUCUGAUUGGAGUCCUUUGCGGAAUGGCUUUGUACAAUCGCUGCGUAGCAGACUUCCACCUCCCCUUGGCCUUGUUCAAGAAGCUGCUGAAUGAAAAGCCCACGCUGGAAGACCUGAAGGAGUUGUCCCCAAUAGAAGCGAGGAGCCUUCAAGCUGUUCUUGAUGAAGAUGAAGAUUCCGUAGAAAGUUUAUAUUUGGACUUCACAGUUCAAGGACAUGAACUCGUGCCGAAUGGGAAAGAUAUACUUGUCACCAAAUACAACAGAACUCAGUAUGUUGAAGAAUACGUGGAUUUUGUGUUCAACAAAUCGGUCAAGAAGCAAUUUGACGAUUUUAUGGAAGGUUUUAGAAAAGGAUGCCCCAGUAAGAUGUGGGACAUAUUCCUGCCUGUUGAGCUCAUGGCAGUACUCAAUGGAAACACCAAAUAUGAGUGGGAAGAAUUGGAAAAGAAUGCAAACUACAAAGGAUAUGAACCUACAGAUGAGAACAUCAGGAAUUUCUGGAUGGUAUUCCAUGAACUUGACGAGGAGCAGAAAAAGCAUUUCCUUGCCUUUUUGACAGCAAGUGACAGAGUGCCAGUAGGAGGGAUGGCCAGUCUCAGCAUCACCAUAGUGAACAUAGAAAGAGAGGAUCCAGACGAAUACUAUCCCGUUGCAAACACCUGUUAUUGGUUCUUGUACCUUCCCAAUUACAGCAAUGUGGACAUCUUGAAAGAGCAGUUAUUGCAUGCAAUCACUUUCUAUGAAGGAUUUGGUGAAUAUGUGAAUUUAAAGGCUCAGCACGUUCAGUAUGACCAAUUUUACAUAGCUGGCUUAACCAGCUUGGUGGGUAUCCAGGAAGAGUACCUGAAAACUCUGUGUGCCUACCCAUUUAUAUUCAACACCAAAACCAAAAUACUGCAGACAGAUGCUCAGUUACAGAUGCAGUGUUUUGUAGAACACACCUGGUUCCACCUGAUUGGUGUAACAUGUGGUCUGGCGAUAUACAACUCCACUGUGGUGGACCUGCACUUCCCCUUGGCCCUCUUCAAGAAGCUUCUGGGUGUGCCGCCCACUCUGGGGGACUUAAAGGAACUGUCCCUGACUGAGGGAAGACAAGAGUUUGUGGAAGCGUAUCUUAACUACGUCUUUAACAAGUCUAUUGAGGAGCUGUACCAGCCAUUCUCAAGCAGCUUCCUGAAGGUCUGUGGAGGCAAGGUCCUGUCACUGUUCCAGCCCUCCGAGCCGAUGGCAAUGGUGGUGAGGAACAAUUAUAACUGGGAGGAGGUGGAGAAGAUAAGCUUUCAUAUCUCAAAUGCUGCAUACAAAGGUGAAUACUCACUGUUACAUCCUACAGUAAAAAUAUUCUGGGAAGUAUUCCAUGGGUUUCAACUGGAAAAGAGAAAACAAAUCUUACUGUUCUUGACAGGCAGUGACCGCAUCCCCAUAUACGGAAUGGAGAGCCUGCAGAUGGUCAUUCAGCCCACAUCGGCAGGAGAGCAGUACCGGCCUGUGGCUCACACCUGCUACAACCGGUUAGAUCUGCCCAAGUACCAGACCAAAGAGAUUCUCAGGAGGAGGCUUACCCAGGCCAUUGAACAGUUUGAAGGAUUCAGUCUGGUAUGA